CGCGCCUUGCAGCCGACCUCCUCGUUCCCCACACCCUCUACACUCUCUCCGGGCGGCCAUUCGGUCAUCGUUAACAUGGGUCUCAUCGAGACUCUGUUCAUUCUCAUCUUCAUUACGGAACUCAUCGCGGUCAUUGGCAAGACUGUCCUUGCCGACUUGGCCUUCGGACUUUAUGCUCGUGUUUUCCUAUCGAAAACACACAGCAAGCAGCGCCAGCUGAAGAAGGAGACGCUCGCGAAUAAGGCGGCCAUGCUGAACACAAGCGCGCAAGACCAGUUUGCGAAGUGGGCGAAACUGAGGCGCUCUGUGGACAAGGGCCUCGCGGACAUCGAGACUACCAACAAGGAACUCGCAGCCGCGAAGAGCGCCUUUACGAUGAAGUUCAACACCGCGAUCUGGAUUCUCACUUCUGGACUGCUGUUGGUCGCGGGUGCAUACUACAGGUCGUCCCCUGUGUUUUUCCUGCCCAAGGGCUGGUUUGGACCCUUCGAGAGGCCUCUUUCCUGGCCGUGGGCGCCGACUGGCUCGGUUAGCGUGUAUGUAUACCAAAUGGCCUGCAGGAGGGUGAUCAAGGCAGGCGCGCGGGGGAUUCAAGGCCUGAACGCGUUGCCGGAAGAUACUGCUUCUACUGACGCACCUGCUCCGGAUGCUAAGAAGGAGUCAUAGUCUCCUCGUUUUGUAUUUGUGCGAAUGUCAUGUCCUUCUCACGAGUCUGAACGAUGACACGAGUCGACAUACACAGUGUAGAGACGU